AUGGAGGCACUGAUGAACAGAUCCGGAUAUGGACAUGAAGACAGAUUAAAGAUACUCAGCAUCUUCGAUCCUCAAUCCGAUCGUCAGCCUUCAAGCAGUCGAGGUCUCAGCUAUCAAAGAUCCCCGAACACAGAGGGGAGGAGGACGUCGUUGCUGACGACGAAUCAGCUCUCAACAUCUUCGAUCCUAAAAAAUCCUAAAGAUCUGCGUCAAUCAUCUCGAGAAGCCGCUGCUGAUGACGAUUCCGCCGCCUACCACCACCUUCGUAACCUCCCUCAGCCACCACAGAUAGAUUCACAAUAUUUUGUACUAUCCCAUUCUUGUGUAUCUCGAGAAGCCGCUGCUGACGACGAUUCCGCCGCCUACCACCACCUUCGUAACCUCCCUCAGCCACUACAGUUGAAGCAACAGUUUGAUUCUUUGGAAUCCCGUGUCUCAAAUCUCGAAUUCCUCUUCAAUGAAACAUGGAGAAGGACAAGCCAUUUUCACAGCAGAAUGUUCACAUUCAUUCCAUUUUCAUGGUAUUGCUUCAAAUGUGAAACAUGGGAAUCACAUUUGCCAUGUUUGGAGAGCAAAAUGGGAAUCACAUUUAGCAAUGGAAGGAUAUGGGGUGGCAAGGAGUCAAUCCGUCAACCGACUUUAGGGGUUGCGGUUUUAUUUCACCCUAAAGCCUGGGUUGAAAAGAUGGGUACCUCCUGCUUUGCCAAUAGCCAAGAGUCCAAAAAAUGAGGAAACUGGAGCCACAUUUGCUGCUUGAAGAAGCAUGGUAC